AUGCUAUCACUCCACCACCACCUCCCCGGAACCACCACCAAUGCCAACCUACAAUUCCCUCCAACCACCCAUCUCCGCCAUUCAACCCCAUUCCCGAAAACCCUAACCCUAAUUCCCCCUAAACCCCACCUCCCUCCAUUAACCCCCAAAGCCCUCCUUCAAUGGAACCGCAAACCACAACUCUCCGGCGAAACACCGCGUGUCGUCGUCGUAACAUCCGGCAAAGGAGGCGUCGGUAAAACCACAACAACCGCCAACAUCGGCCUUUCAUUAGCCCGGUUGGGUUUCUCUGUCGUAGCAAUCGACGCCGACGUCGGACUUCGUAACCUAGACCUUCUUCUAGGUCUCGAGAAUCGAGUCAAUUACACCGUUGUCGAAGUUCUCAACGGUGAAUGUCGACUCGAUCAGGCUUUGGUUAGAGAUAAACGUUGGUCCAAUUUUGAACUUCUUUGUAUUUCCAAACCGAGAUCUAAACUCCCUAUUGGGUUUGGUGGAAAAGCCCUAACUUGGUUAGUUGAAGCUUUAAAAGCCCGGGGAGACGGAACCAGUGGAAAUGGAAAUGGUUCCACUGGUUCUCGUAGCCCGGACUUUAUCCUCAUUGAUUGUCCCGCGGGAAUCGAUGCGGGGUUUAUAACCGCUAUCACGCCUGCGAAUGAGGCAGUUUUAAUAACUACGCCUGAUAUAACUGCUCUUAGGGAUGCUGAUAGAGUAACUGGGUUAUUGGAAUGUGAUGGGAUUAGGGAUAUUAAGAUGAUAGUGAAUAGGGUUAGGACUGAUAUGAUUAAAGGCGAAGAUAUGAUGUCGGUUUUGGAUGUUCAAGAAAUGUUGGGGUUGCCUUUACUUGGUGCUAUACCUGAGGAUAGUGAGGUUAUAAGGAGUACUAAUAGAGGGUAUCCUCUUGUUUUGAAUAAGCCUCCUACUUUGGCUGGGUUGGCUUUUGAACAAGCUGCUUGGAGACUUGUUGAGCAGGAUAGUAUGCAAGCUGUUAUGGUUGAGGAAGAGCCUAAAAGAGGGUUUUUCUCAUUUUUUGGUGGUUAA